AUUUGUCGUUUAACCUUUUAAGAUUUAGUUUGUUCCUUGGCUAUAUAGCACGAUUGUGAUUGAAGAAAAGCGCAUGCGCAAAGCUGAAAAUUGUGUUUAGGAUUAAACUUUCUUCACGUUCUUAUGUAUAUUAAAAUAUGUUUACAGAAAUGGCUGGUAAGAGGCCUGCAUCUACAGACCUAAAUCAUGAUAAUUGGGAUGAUGAAGAAAGACCUGAAGAAGCAGGAACAUUUAAGAAAGCUACUGAUGAUGUAAUGGAAAAACGUAUUGUUAAAAAAGCUAAAAGACGUUUACAAAAUUCAGAUGAUACUACCAGAAGUGCAUUUGGUACAUUUAGAGGUUUUAAAACAACUUCGACUCAUGCUUCACCCUUUAGUUUUUUAGCUAGUGGUAAUACUAGCACUAGUACUAAUGAAGUUUUUUCUAAAACAACUACGAAUGUAAACAAGUCUUCUACAAAUAACGAAACAAUAAAAACUAAUGAAAAUGGAACUAAUAAAAAGGAAAAUACAGAAAUACAAACCUCGUCAACUAUAUCUACUAGUAAAAAUAGCAAUUCUGAUCAAGAAGAACAAAAUAUAUUUAAAAAAUCUGAUUACUUUGCUAAAUUAAAAGGAUUAAAUGAAAGUGUAGCACAGUGGAUUAAAACUCAUGUUGAUGCAAACCCAUUUUGCAUUUUGACACCAAUUUUUAAAGAUUAUGAAAAGUAUCUUAAAGAAAUUGAAACCAAACAUGGAAGUGAGAUUGAAAAACCAGUACAAACACAGUCUAGCGAUAAUAAAGAAACUAUUAAUACAGAUAAAAAGAACGAAAGUUCUCCAUUUGGUGGAACUAGCGCAAAAUCACCUUUUGCUUCUACAGAAUGGAAACCUGAAAAAUCAAUUUUUGGUAAUAUUAGUGCAGGUUCUAAAUCUAUAUUUGGAAAAUCAGAAAAUAGUGUAGAUACUGGUAAAUCCAUUUUUAGUAGUUUAGAUCAAAGUUCAGAUUCACAUAAAUCUGUUUUUGGUAAUAUUGAUCAGAAAUCUAGUAGUAAAAGUAUAUUUGGGAGUGCAAAUCCUGAAAAGAAUCCAUUUUUGAGUAAACCAUCUACUACACCUGAUAAAUUAGAUGAGCAAGAAACUAAAUCAGAUGUGAAAUCUACUAUUACUACUACUAAUACUACUACUAGCAGUUCUUUUGUUACAUCAAAUACAACUACCUUCUGUUUUGGUCAAAGUUCUGCCACCAAUAAUACAUCAACUGGUUUUAGUUUUGGAAGUACUAAACCAUUUACAUUUGGAGCUCAAGUGGUUCAACCACAGGAACCUGAGGAUGAAGGAAAAGAUGAUGAAGAUGAUGAACCACCAAAAGUAGAUUUCAAACCAGUAACGGAAGAAGGCGCUAUAUAUGAACAAAGGUGUAAAGUUUUUAUUAAAAAUGAUAGUAGUUUUACUGCUCGAGGUGUAGGAACACUAUUCCUAAAACCAACUCCAAAUGAAAAAACACAAUUAUUAGUACGAGCAGAAACUUCUUUGGGGAAUUUAUUGCUCAAUACUUUAUUAACCGAAAGUAUUCCAAUGAAACGUAUGAACAAAAAUACAAUAAUGCUAGUUUGUUUACCGAUGCCUGACUCUACACCACCUCCAGUACCAAUUUUAUUGAGAGUAAAAACAGAUCAAGACGCUGAUGCAUUAUUGGAAGCACUCAAUAAACAUAAAAAAUAAGAAAAAUAGGAAUUUUAAAUAAUAUGAAAUACAACAAAAAAAGAAAUAUAAUAAAAUCGUGUUGAAUAAUAAUUGAUAAAUUUUUGAAAACGAAAAUACAGUUUUGUUGUUAUACAUGUUCACUGUAAUAUUUUGACCUGAUUCGAUAUUUAAUAUAAUGUAAAAUAGUAUAAGUCAUACAUAUUUUUUAUUAUAUGAAUGAUACGUUCUGGUAUCAGUAAUAAAAAUAAUAUAAGGACUGUAAUUGAAACAAAUAAAUAUUAAUCAGAUUUAGGAUAUUUGAAGUUCAUACACGUUAUUUGGUAUUUGCAUAGUGCUUUCGCAUUAACAUAAAUAUCUAAUUAAGUGUAUAUAUUCAAAUUCAUUUUUUCUUUGUAAAAUUUCAAUGUUAUAAAUAUAAAUAACAGUAACUCUUUAAAUUAAACCUAAUUGUUUUCAUAUUAUUAUUUUCUUAUUUAAAAUAAUUUUUCCAUUUUAUACAGAAUUGUUUUUGUCAAAUGUAUUGUACAUACUUUUCCAAUAUAUGAUUUCCAAUAAAAUUCAUGUAAAUAGAAUCUAAACAUAUAUCAUAUAUUUUGUAUCUUAUUUUGAAAUAUAAAAUAUCUUACACUU